GAAGCAGCAUAGAAGAGCAAACAUGGUCUUCUAGUUCAUAUUAUCUGAUAGCAGUUGUAGUAGUAGUAUUUAGAGUAGUUGUCUUAUCAUUAUUAUUUUAUUUGUGUCGAAAGAAAAACAAUUUAAUGUGUGUUAAAUGUUUAACACGCGCUACAGCAACAUAAAUAACAAUAAUAAUAAUAAAAAAAUAAAGAACUCUAGUGGCUCACAGAGAGGGGCUGCAUUUGAAAUAAAUUGAAUAAAGAAUUUUCAAUAAGAAUUUUCACAAGGUUAGACAAAGGUCAUUGAAUUAAAAAGGAAAACAGGAUUAUUUUAUACUUAAUCCAAUAAAACAUAUAAAAUGGCUUUAUUAUUAAAAAAUCUUAAACCUCAAAACUUUAAAUUGCCUCUAGCGAUAGCUAUUAGACAACAGAGAUGGCAGCAUAAUCAAAACAACAGUGAUUAUGAUUUGGUAGUCGUAGGUGGUGGCAUAGUGGGUGUUGCUUCUGCUAGAGAAAUUUUACUUAGACAUCCGUCUCUGAAAAUUGCUAUUCUCGAAAAGGAGGCAAAAUUAGCCACACACCAAAGUGGUCACAAUUCUGGUGUUAUACAUGCUGGCAUUUACUACAAGCCGGGCACUUUGAAGGCUAGACUCUGUGUAGAAGGUUUGAAUUUGGCUUAUAAGUAUUUGGAUGAAAAGAGAAUUCCCUACAAGAAAUGUGGUAAACUUAUUGUGGCCACUAAUGAUGUGGAAGUGACACGUUUAAUGGAUUUGCAUGAUAGAGGCAUUAAGAAUAAAGUACCUGAUUUACAAUUGAUCGAUGGUGACAAAAUCAAAGAAAUUGAACCCUAUUGUGAGGGUGUUAAGGCCUUGUGGAGUCCUCAUACUGGUAUUGUCGACUGGGGUCUAGUGACUCAAUACUAUGGUCAAGAUUUCAAACAAGCUGGUGGUGAUAUUUUCCUAGACUAUAAGGUUACCAAAUUCACUGAAUCUGGUGAUGCUGAAUAUCCUGUCACUAUUCAUGGUGGUAAAUCACACCAAGUAGUACGUACUCGUAAUGUUUUGACCUGUGGUGGUUUGCAAUCAGAUUUAUUGGCUGAAAAGACUGGCUGUCCUCGUUCUCCUCGUAUUUUGCCUUUCCGUGGCGAAUAUUUGCUUUUGUCUAAGGAAAAAUCUCACAUGGUUAAGGGCAAUAUCUAUCCGGUACCAGAUCCCAGAUUCCCCUUCUUGGGUGUCCACUUUACACCCCGUAUGGAUGGCAGUGUUUGGUUGGGUCCCAAUGCCGUUUUGGCUUUCAAGAGAGAAGGCUACACUUGGGGCGAUAUCAAUCUCCUAGAACUUUUCGAUGCCUUACGUUAUCCCGGUUUCCUUAAAAUGGCUGCUAAAUAUAUUGGUUUCGGUUUGAGUGAAAUGAGCAAAUCUGCCUUUAUACCUCUACAAGUUAAAGAAUUACAAAAAUUCAUUCCCAACAUUACCGAAUACGAUGUCAGUCGCGGUCCCGCCGGUGUAAGAGCACAAGCCAUGGAUAUGGAUGGUAAUUUAGUAGAUGACUUUGUUUUCGAUCGCGGUACAGGUACCGAUGCUUUAGCUAAGCGUGUUUUGCAUUGCCGUAAUGCUCCGUCGCCCGGUGCUACCAGUAGUUUGGCUAUUGCUAAAAUGGUUGCCGAUAAAAUUGAACAGGAAUUCAAUAUUGGCAAGUGAUACGAAUGACAAACGAAAAUUUACAGUGAAAAAACUGUAAAAAUAAUAGGGCUGAAUAGUUGUUAUUUCAACGUCUAACUAAAUGUUGUUUAAUGUAAGAAAAUGCAUUUGUUUUUUGUAUUAAUUUUUAACCAAAGCAAUAAAAAACAAUAAAUUUUUAUUUAUAACGAAA